UUGUUGUAAAGCAGACUUUUAAUUGAGUCAAUGAAGAAGGAGAUAGGGUCGAUGAGUACCGUGUGUCACUCGGUGGAGUUUGGCCUGCGCGCAAUCGGUGUAUGGCCGGGCACAUCAUACGCAAUUUUACGGCGAUUCUUUUGUAUAUUCUCGAUGGCGGUGUUCCAGACUUUUCAAUAUCGAUACUUGAUCAUGCAUUUUGGCGAAGAGGAUCUUUUUAUCCUGAUGGACGUAUUAAGCGCGACUCUGGCUUACAGUCUUCUAUUUGUCAAGCUGAUUAUUUUCGUGUUCAACGCUCAUCUGCUGAACGAAAUCAUAGCGCGCAUAGUCGAAGACUGGAAGAGACGCGAUAUCUCCGAAGAAUACACAAUGACCAGAAUAGCUUACAUCUCUCGUCGGUUCUCCAAUUUGAUAAUUACCAUGUACGCGAUGUCGGUGUUUCUCUACGCUCUCGGUACUCUGUUGAGGUAUAAGAGUAGCAAUCAGACCGAUGCUCGAGAGCUCCUUCUCAAGAUGGAAUUGCCUUUCGAGAUCAAGAGCACAUCGAUGUAUAUCAUUGUUUUAGUUACACAAUUUGUACAUCAGACUAGUGCAGCUAGUACGGUAGGCGUGUUAAACUCUUUGUUGAUAACACUAGUGCUUCACAUCUGUGGGCAGAUCGAUAUAGUGCGACAAAAGUUGAGUGAAAUCACGCGGAAGAACAUUGAGCGAGGUAUCACCGAAAGUAUCAUGAAGACGUUGAUCGUUCGUCAUCAGAGAAUUAUCUCGUUCUCCAGAAACAUCGAGAGCCUCUUCUCAAGCAUCGCGCUGAUACAAUUUGUCUCAAACACUCUGGUUAUUUGUUGUUUAGGAUUUCUCAUCGUGAUUUCAAUCGGUGCCCCGGGUGGAUCGACAGUGUUAGUGAAAUCAGUGUUAUUUUAUGUUGUCAUCUGCUUAGACGCAUUUAUAUUUUGUUUCGUCGGAGAGUAUCUCAGCACAAAAAGCAGAAUGAUCGGCGACGCAGCGUACGAAUCGCUUUGGUACGAAUCGAAUCGGAACCAACAUCAAGAUGUUCUUCUAAUGAUUACAAGAUCCCAGAAACAUUUGACACUCACGAUCGGAAAGUUCGUGGAUCUCUCUUUGCAGCAAUUUGCCAACAUUCUGCACAUCGGCGGUCAAAUCGACAUCCUGCGCGACUGGUUGCUGAAAGCCUUUUCCAAAAAUAUGAUACUUACUAUGGACGGAAUAACAAUGAAAAUGCUGAUCAUCAAACACCAGCGGAUAAUUGCAUUUUCGGAAAAUAUCGAAAACCUUUACACAUACAUCGCGUUGGUACUGUUUAUAUCGGACACCUUCAUUAUAUGCUGUUUGGGAUACAUUAUCGUCACCUCAAUCGGUACGCCUGGCGGUCUGGCGAUUUUGGUCAGAUCCGUAUUGUACUACCUCGUGAUGAAUCUCGAAGCAUUUAUAUAUUGUUCCGCCGGUGAAUAUUUAAAUGCCAAGAGCAAAAUGAUCGGAGAUGCGGCAUAUGAUUCUCUUUGGUACAAUGUCACGUCGAAACAGAAUCGGAUCGUACAUCUCGUAAUCCUGAGAUCGCAGAAACGAUUGACGAUCACGAUUGGAAAAAUUAUGGAUCUCUCCUUAGAACGUUUUACCAGCGUCAUAAGGUUAUCGGCAUCGUAUGUGUCCGUACUAUUGGCAAUGUAUUGA